CGCUGCUCGUGCAGUUGCUGGCGAAUGGGCGGACAACAUGGCCGAUCCGCGGGACGUUCAAACUUUCAAGCGAAACGGGAGCUCCGGGUCGUUCUUAUCGGCCGGUUCCGCGGUCGCUAUGGAGAUCAAACGGAAGAAAAUACGACAGAGUACGCUGUUCCUGCAAACGGAGAACACAAACGUACAAGAAAAGCUCGACUUCGAGAUGCGGAUGCGUGAGGGCGCAUACAAGCUGCUGCUGGCCUGCAGUAAGAGAGAGCAGGUUCUCAACGCCUCCAAGAACCUGCUGACCUGCAACGCCAGGAUCAAGGCGUAUCUCGCUGUGCUGCGGAAGGAGAAGGAGGACGUGAUCGGAGCGGCCGCCAGAUUUUCAGAUGCAGGUGACCGUGUGCCCUGUAAUGGGACGAUUGCAAUGUCUGGGCUGCGCAUUCCUUUGAUGUGGAGGGACUCGGCCUACUUUAACAACAGAGGGAGCUCCCGUCGGGUGGCGGUGUUCUGUGUGAUGCAGAUUGGCUCGGAGGUGUUUGACACGGAGAUGGUGGUGGUGGACAGAUCCGUCACUGACAUCUGCUUUGAGGGAGUCACCGUCUUUAAAGAAGCAGUUCCUGAGUUUGAGCUGAGGGUGGCGCUGUGGAGCUGUGCCCUGGAGGAGGAGAUCACGUUGGUGAAUACGCCAAAGAAACUGGCCAAGAAGCUCCGCAGCUCCUUUGGAAAGACGGCUGGGAAGAAGCUGUGCCCUCUGCUGGACAACCCAGACCCUGACGCCUUCCUGCAGUACAACCCCAUACCCUUGGGAGCCAAGUACAGCCUGCUGGCCUACACGUCACUGUGUCUGCCUGAGGCUGAAGGCAGUUUUCAGUCUCACUCCCUCAUUGUCCUCCAAGACGCUGAGUGGUCCUCCUGGCUUCCACUUUAUGGCAACCUCUGCUGCCGGUUGGUGGCCCAGCCGGCCUGCAUGACGCAGAGCAUGACAACCGGCUACCUGAGCCAGAAACUCAACGUGGAGGGGAUGCACCGCUGCUGCAGACUUUACUGUGUGCUGAGUUCUGGCAUUUUGUCCUGUUACUUCACCCCGGAAGAAAUUGAUGCUAAAGUGCAGCCCACUCUCAAUGUACCCGUCAACAAGGACACCCGGAUCCGUGUGAUGGAGAAAGAGUCCGCAGGGCAGAAAUCCAGGAGUCUGUCCAUCAUCAACCCUUCACCACAGGGGUCCGAGACCCUCGUCUUCACCACAGAAACCAGACAGGAGCUGGAGGGCUGGUUGGACGCCCUCCACCAGCACCUCUAUGAUCAGAGCCAGUGGCUACAAUGCUGCAACAAGCUAAUGAAGAUUGAGGUCGCGUCACCACGGAAACCAUCACUUUUCCUCACCAAGCAGGCAGACUCUGUUUACAAUGACCUCAGUAUAAAUUCACCUGGCAAGUUUGAGAGCAUCACAGACAUCAUCCACAACAAGAUAGAGGAAACGGAUGGCCGCUUUCUGAUUGGCCCCGAAGAGGAGAAGGAGGCACCUAAUUGGUCCUCGCUGUUUGAAGGCUCCCAUUCAGUGGUAGUGCAGAGGGGUAUUCUGUCCCAGAGCAAAACCUCCACCCCUUGUUCAAGCCCCAACACCAACGGCAGCUCUACAUCCAUCAGCAACAAGAAGCGCCGUGCUCCACCCCCGCCCUCUGACAGGGAGCCUCAUGCUCCACCCAGCCGCCCUGCCAGACCUCCCCUCCCCACCUCUCUCCCUCAUCCUCCUCCUCCCUCAUACCAGGAGAAGGAGAACUCUGGCACUUGCACUCCACGCCCGGCCACAAGGUCUAAAACUGGCAGACCAUCCCUGGAUGCCAAAUUCUCUGCCAUCAUACAGCAGCUCCAGCGGAGCAACGCUGGAGGAGCUGGAGCCCUCAGCCGGAAAAACGCCCCAUUGGGCGUCCUGGAUGUACAACCACAAAGUCAGCCUCAGCCUCCUCCCCAGCAGCCGGAGCACCAGGACCACAGCACUGAUGCCACAGGUGAACAUGCCUUCCUCAGACCGAAUCACGCUCCUGGUCCUGGUCCUGGUCCUGGUCCUGUUCCUGCAGCGAAGAGCAAACUGAGGAAGUCUAUCCGAGAGAGGAUUAACCUUAAAGCCUUGUGACCUUCGACCUUAAACAACAACUAACCUUCCCACUAAUACGAAUAUCUAGAACACAGUUAGAACUUUUAAAAUGAGCUCAAAGGCGUUGAUAAAAUCAGAUAUCACAAUAUAUUUUACUGCUCCUAAAUAGCAAUAAUUUUAUAUUUUGCACAUGACUGUUGGUUUCAUGCCCAAUUUUCAUGACGCAAGUUGAAUGACUAGUCACUCUCAUCUGUACACUAAAUAUGACGUUGGAGGCGCUUAGCUUAGCAUAAAGACUGUAAUCGGCAAGCCUUGCUCUGUCCCAGCAUCUCUAAGACUCACUAAUUAAGAAUUAUUUAGUAAUCCAAAGACUGAAGUAAAAUGCCACAUUUUAAAGGAGGGCUAUGUGCAACAUUUUCCUGGUUGGGAGCCGUGACUUACUGGAGUGGAUCUGACAGUCUUCAGACUUAUCUGCCGCAUAACUGCGUAAAUCCACAACACGUUAUUUUCAUUCUUUGGUUUUUGUAAAGAUGAAAUAAACAAGACAUAAUUAGUCUCGGUUGAUAGAUUCAUUUAACCUUUAGACAGUCAGGCUAGCCGUUUCCCCCUGCUUUCAGUCUUUAUGCUAAGCUAAGCUAACCAUCUACGGGCUCCCGCUCCAUAUUGCACUGAUCGAUAAAAGAGUGGUAUCGACUUUCUCUUCAUGUUUCCCAAAAUGUCGACCUAUUACUUUAACCUUAAGGAUGGGUGUGUGACACGGUCAUUUAAAAAAAA